GUCGGGGAACGAAAGAACGCGAGUUAGACGGCUGAUGGGGCCGGAGGAGGAGUGCCAGCGCAGCGGCAGCGGGGACUGCCACGGCGACAAUUCCUUCACCUGGCUGAGCAUACUCGUCCUCACUGGGGAAAGGGAGAAAAUUCGAAGAUUUUCUUUUGGUUGACGAAGCAAGCAAGGAAGGAAUCUUGAAAAACCCCAAGCACGCAGCAGGCAGGAGGAAGAAAAGGAAUUAUUCUAAGGGCUUUCCCGCUUGCUAAAUAACACGCCUCGCCCUUUUCCCCCCGGGGUUCGAUAGAGUUGAUUGCCGUCUGCCGACUCAGCUGAUCUAGUAGCGUCCGCAGCCGGAGUUGUGGGUCGGAUCAAGAUCUUAGUGGGCGAAGCUGGGUAGAGCUCCUGAAAACCCCAUUUGUUCAGUUUGUCUAUUCCAAUUCUGGUCUCUUGGGCUAGUGAGAAAAGGGAUCUUUGGGUUCUGCUGAUUGUGCCGAUUUGGGAGCGAGAGUGAAAGAGUCUUCUCAAAUGGCAAUCAACAAGUCUAGACCUAAAAAGCCCUCCAAAUUGUCCGUUUACCUUUAUAUUCCCAACAUUAUUGGCUAUGUGCGGGUUCUCAUGAAUGUCUAUGCCUUUGCUAUAUGUUUCUCCAACAAGCAGCUUUUCUGCAUCCUUUAUUUCAUUAGCUUUGUGUGUGAUGGGAUUGAUGGUUGGGCUGCUCGGAAAUUCAAUCAAGUUUCAACUUUUGGAGCAGUUCUGGACAUGAUAACAGACAGGUAGGGGCUUUUUGGCUAUUGGGGUAGCUCCUUGUGUUUCCAUACCUCUUCUGAGUUUGAGUAUCGUGUUUUCUGUACAGGAUUAGCACUGCCUGUCUGCUUGUAAUCCUUUCUCAAGUAUACCGACCUGGCUUGACUUUUGUAUCACUGCUUGCCCUGGAUAUUGGUAGCCACUGGCUGCAGAUGUACAGUACAUUCUUGUUAGGGAAAGCUAGUCACAAAGAUGUGAAAGACAGUACCAGUUGGCUAUUCAGGGCUUACUAUGGCAACCGUAUGUUUAUGGCUUACUGUUGUGUGGCGUGUGAGGUUCUAUAUAUUUCCUUAUAUCUUCUUGCUGAAAAGCCAACUGAACAUUUGAUGGAUGUUCUGAUGUCCUUGACGAAAGAGAUUUCCCCUUUCUCGAUCUUAGUUGGUUUAAGUUUGUUCGGAUGGGCGAUCAAACAAGUUGUAAAUGUGAUACAGAUGAAGACAGCAGCUGAUAUUUGUGUCCUUCACGACAUCAACAAGAAAGAGAGGCCUUAACAAUGCUUUCCAUGAAGAAGAAACAAAGCUUUCUCUCGGAGCCGAAGUUCCUGCAUUCUAAAGUUUAUGUCGAAAAUCAUGAGUUCGGCUGCUCAGCAAUGUCUAUGUACUGCAACUUUGCAGGUUUCUAACUUCUCGUCUUGCUACAGCUUGUGUCUGUUUUGUUGCCGUGGGAAGGAAAGAUUUGAUGCUUGUUGCAAGACUUGUUGAUGUGGUUUUUCCCACUUUACAAGUUUUAAGAGAGUUUGGUGAGCCUUUUUUUGGCAUGUGAGGCUUUCUUUCCUUACAGAACAGUUACUGAUUGUUUUCAGUUAAAUCUCAGUAGCUGAGGAACUCCAUCGUGCGGAAUUUGUAGGUUUCGCACAUCCAAGUUGGAAAAGUCCUAUUAUGAUAUAGCUUUUCCACAGAACAAGUUGAAUUUCAUAUGAUUUAAUCAUUUAAAUCUGGAGACGGAAAAUUCAUAAUGGUAUGUACCAUCAAGCCAUAACUGAAGGAGCUGAUCUUUAGUCACACUCACAUCUUAAAGCUCCUUCAAAACUCUUGCUGGAAAAUUAGUGCAAAGUACCAGCAGUAAAGCCCAAUCAAGAAUCAAAAUGCUUACUAAUACAUGUCGAACUCAAAUCAACUAACAAUUACGACCUGAAACUCUAAACUGAAGAGACAAAACUAAAGAAGAGCUCUCAAAACUGAUAGAUUGGAGACAGGAUAAGACGCUAUCCAUCUCCUUUUCAUUGCUUGUGCACCACUUUCUCCGCAGCAAAAUGCAAUAGAAUGGCUCAUUCCAAUCAUCUCUUCUCUAGCUGUAGCGCAAAUACCCUAUUUAGUAGUAUCAAUCAAUUCAAUACAAGCUGAACCCGAAAAACUGGCUAAUGAGAAUGGAGACACCAAGAGCGAUAGCUAUGAAGGAAGAUGCCCAUGUGAGCUUCUCAGUUAUUCUAGGCACCCGGUCCUUCAACGCCUGACUACAGGACCCUAUGAAAACUGUGUAGCACCCCAUUGCAACAACAGUUCCCACCAAGAACAUGACAAGAAAAGCCGCACCAGCCACCCGAGAAGGCAAAGCGAGUGCAGGCAAGACCAUCAUGAGCGCAUCAGGCUGCAAUCCAUGAACAAUCCCUGUAGCAAAGGUAGCGAAUCCUAUCUUCUUCUUCUGCACUACAGCAGGGGUGGCUUCAAGUGAUUCAUAGACGCCCACAUCACACUCUCCAUUUUCUAGGGCAACACAAGGUGAGGGGACCUCGGAAGCUUCCUUUAUCCCCAUACCGCCAAUGACAAGUAGGGUAAGACCGACAACUCGAGUGCCCCAAGUUCUGAGGAUCUCAAUGUGGAGCCGAUCCUUGAGCAGGAGAAACAGAAGACCAAAGAUUACCUGGCCAGCAUCAUGGCCACAACCCCACAGUGCUCCAACAGCAGCACUUUCAAGACGUGUUCGACCAAUUGAGAGUGGAGCCAAAGCUGCAAGGUGAUCUGGACCUGAGAGUGUGUGGAGACAACCAGCAAAGAAACCAGUCCAUGCGCUGCUUAAGAGUUCGGUCCGGAUUAGUUUUGCUCCUAGACCAGCGGGAGCAGCGGUCUUGGCUGCUGUUUGGUAGGUUGCUAAUGCCGGUGAUGCAAAGAUUGGGUGCAUCGUGAACAUCAAGAUAGCUGAGAGUAGUACACAAGCCGCAACACUCAUUGCCUUUCGUGGCAAAUGACGGGAUUCGGCCGGGAUCUGUAGGAGAAGAUCAGAACUUGGCGCCGGGCCAGCAGGGGAAUCGACGUGUAAAGGGGCCAAAGAAGGCAAUUUACCAGAAGAAACGGAUGAUACCGACGGUGGAUUCGUCUCAUAAUUGCAGGAGACGGUACCAGCUCGCCGGAGCUGAAGCGGCUGCCGUGGCAGAAGCGGGAAGCCGCCGAGUUUAGCGGCAUCGAUCCGGGGGAGACGAGGCAGAAAAGGAGUGGGUUUGCAGUGGAGUUUGAGAGGCGCCGUGGGAGAGGAAGAGUAAAGCAGCCUCUCCAUGUUUGAGGAGGGAAGUCUCCGUCGUAAGGUUCGUCCUUGGCCGGAAGGUUUCCAGAGGUGGAGAAGGUUUUUGUAGCAGAAAAGUUUGGGCUUUUGUUGGGCUGAUGUAGAUAAAGUAGGUGGAGACAAGAAAGGAAGAAAAAGAGGGUUUGAUUUAAAAU